GGCUCGCCGGAGGCGGGAGGGGGCGGAGCCGCCUCACGGUCUGAGCCCGCCCCAGGGUCCGCCAAGGUGCGUCUCCGGGCAGCCGCGGCCGCCUGGGGCAGAGUGAUCGAGGACGCGCCACCUGCAGUGCUCGCUGCUGCUUUUUAUUUACUAGCAAACACUGUUUCCCCGAGGGAGAGUCGGGGAGCGCGCGAGCGCGCGCGCGCGCACACACACACACACACACACACACACACACACACACUGACAAACGCGCGCGCGCGCACACACACACAUUCAAGCUAGCGAUCUUGUCUUCACAACUGCAUCCCCAAACCGAGAGUGCGAAGCUAGUGUGGUUUCUCUUAACCUCAGCAUCGCGGGGAGAAGCAGAGCCGUUGUCCAUCAGGGAGCGCCUGGUGCCUGCGCUGCCGCCUCGGGUACAUACAUAACCCAGCAGACCGCUCACCCCAUCGGCUGGAAUGCUUGUGAACUGCUGAGGCCGAGAUCCUGAGGAACCCAGCUGGAGAAUGCCGUCUGAACGCUGCCUGAGUAUUCAAGAAAUGCUGACAGGCCAGAGGCUCUGCCACUCGGAAUCUCACAAUGAUAGUGUCUUGGCAGCAUUGAAUCAGCAGAGAAGUGACGGCAUCCUCUGCGAUAUCACCCUGAUUGCCGAGGAACAGAAAUUCCACGCUCAUAAGGCAGUCCUAGCAGCAUGCAGUGACUAUUUCCGGGCAAUGUUCAGUCUCUGUAUGGUGGAAAGUGGAGCAGAUGAGGUGAAUUUACACGGCGUGACCAGCCUUGGCUUGAAGCAGGCCCUGGAGUUUGCAUACACAGGCCAGAUUUUGUUGGAGCCAGGCGUGAUCCAGGAUGUGCUAGCAGCUGGCAGUCACCUACAGCUAUUGGAGCUUCUCAAUUUAUGUUCCCACUAUCUCAUCCAGGAAUUAAAUAGCUUUAAUUACUUGGAUCUGUACAGACUUGCUGACCUCUUUAACCUCACUUUGCUGGAGAAGGCAGUGAUCGAUUUCUUAGUGAAACAUCUCUCUGAGCUCCUGAAGAGUCGCCCAGAAGACGUUCUAACGCUUCCUUAUUGUCUGCUCCAGGAGGUUCUGAAGAGUGACCGCCUGACCUCCCUGAGUGAAGAGCAGAUCUGGCAGCUAGCCGUGAGGUGGUUGGAACACAACUGCCAUUACCAGUACAUGGACGAGCUCCUGCAGUAUAUCCGCUUCGGCCUGAUGGACGUGGACACUCUCCACACAGUCGCCCUGUCGCACCCCCUCGUGCAGGCAAGUGAAACGGCGACAGCUCUUGUCAACGAAGCCCUGGAAUACCACCAGAGCAUCUAUGCACAGCCCGUGUGGCAAACUCGCAGGACCAAACCGCGCUUCCAGUCAGACACUCUGUAUAUCAUCGGCGGGAAGAAGCGUGAGGUCUGUAAAGUCAAGGAGCUCCGGUACUUCAAUCCCGUUGACCAGGAGAGCGCUCUCAUAGCCGCCAUCGCCAACUGGAGCGAGCUGGCCCCCAUGCCCGUGGGGAGGAGCCACCACUGCGUAGCCGUCAUGGGGGACUUUCUGUUUGUAGCAGGAGGAGAAGUUGAGCAUGCCAGUGGCCGGACGUGUGCCGUGAGGACCGCCUGUCGCUAUGACCCCCGCAGUAAUUCCUGGGCCGAGCUAGCACCCAUGAAAAACUGCCGGGAGCAUUUUGUGCUGGGUGCCAUGGAUGAGUACCUCUAUGCGGUUGGGGGUAGAAAUGAACUGCGCCAGGUUCUGCCUACGGUUGAGCGAUAUUGCCCCAAGAAGAACAAAUGGACUUUUGUGCAGUCCUUUGACCGAUCCCUUUCAUGUCAUGCAGGAUAUGUGGCUGAUGGUCUUCUUUGGAUAUCAGGUGGAGUAACUAACACGGCACAAUAUCAGAACAGACUCAUGGUAUAUGAACCUAACCAGUGGUUGGCGGCUCACCUGGCAGGCACGGCAGUGAAGGAAGCUAAAGAUAUAAUCAGGGGAUGCAGGCAGGCUUUACAAACCAGAUGGCGUCCACAGUCCUGUGGCAGGGGACCGGACUGCUAAUGCAAACGUUGAUUCCUAAUACCGGAAUGGGUUGCCUCGUAGAAAGCACCUAAGGAAGGCAUCAUCAGAGUUUUGAGUUAAAUCCACUCAUGUGAAAUGUAUUGAAGACAUUUCUUCACAGAAUAUCUGAAAUAAAGGUCUGGCUAUUUUAUUAAAGAAGACAUUUGAUUGGAAAGAGAUUCUUAUGACAUGUUUAAAUAGGGGGAGCAGAUAAAUGCAAGCCUUUCCACCUGUACAAACCACUCUUUUUUUUAAGUCUAUCUUUAAAAGAGAAAUUAGAAAUGAGCUAGUAGCUAGGCCUUCAGCGAAUGGACCAAUAUUUAUGUAAACUUUUUUUUUUUUUGCUUAUUCCUUUAAUGGCUUUGUGAAUUGGUGAAAUUCUACGUAUUAAAAACAUCAUAUGAUCUUUUUAUCGAAAUCCAAAUUUUUCUUGGCAAAAAGGAAUCUGGGUUCUUCCUGUAGGUUAGUGUCUAUGUACAAAGGAAAUGUUUAGGCUUGCUUACCUGUCCAUUGCUUAGUUAAGAUUUAAAAUUAAGGUCAUAUUUGAUUUUCACCUAAUUUUGCAUUUUACAUUAGAUUUUUGAAAGGAACCAUAUUUAAGAGGAGUGGAGCAUGUCUUUCUCAUUACUGAGAAUGACCUAGAACCAAAUAGUGGAGGUUUCACCAUUCCUGAAGUUGUAUAAAAUUUGGCCUUCUACCAAAACAAAUGUAUGCCUAGAAAUAACUUUUCCCAGUUUGGUAGAUGAUGUGAUUAUAGAUAUGUUAAAAGGGGCUCAUACAAAGGCAAUAUGGGACUUUGUUGUGAAACCAGAUCUUUGCUCUUCCAUUGAUCUUGGGAGGUUAAUUCUGGAAAGGACAACAAGAGUCACCCCAGCUCUAGCUAAUGUAGAGGCCUUGGGUAACCAGUGAUUACUAUCACAAUAAUUUUUUAAAGUGUGUAUUUGUUGGACAUUAUGUGGCACUCUUCUAAAUGUUUUGUAUUAACUGAUUUAAUCUUUACAACAAGCCUGUCAGGUACGGUAUGACUCUCCGCACUUUACAGAUGAAAAAACAGGCACAGAGAGCUUAAGUACAUUGCCCAAGGUCACACAGAGAUUAUAAACUCAGGCAUUCUGGAUCGAGAGUCUCUUUUCUUAAAUCAUUAUACCUAGCCAUGUGCUUUCACUCUUAAGCAAUUUGCAUGAGUAAGUUCUCUCAAUUGGGUGAGAGAACCAUCAUGAAAAUUUCUAUAUUCUCAUGUGCUCCCCUUAUAAAAUGGAAAUGCCCUAUAAAAUGCAACUCAAACGAGAGGAAAUGCCUUUGUACGUUGCAAAAUAAAGUUGGAAUAUGUGGUUCUCGGGUAAGAAGCCCAUACCUUUCAAAGUAUGUAAGCAACAUUCCAGUAGAAUGUGCUAGGCAAACUAGAGUCCCAGCUACUAAUGAGGCACUGCUGUUUUCUGCCGUGGAGGUCUCCUAUUAACAAAUUCACCUGAAUUUCCUCCCCCCCCCCACCAGAAUAAAUGGAUAAGCCGCAGCCCCAUGCUGCAGAGAAGGGUUUACCAUUCCAUGGCUGCUGUUCAAAGAAAGCUUUACGUUCUUGGAGGCAAUGACUUGGACUACAAUAACGAUCGGAUCCUCGUGCGGCAUAUCGAUUCUU